GGGUUUGGCCUCUCCGGGCGGAGGAAGCUGCAGGAGUACCGGCGGCGGUCGUGGUGUCGUUGUCGGCGGGCUCCGAUGGCUUCCGCCAGUAUCGACAUCGAGGACGCGACUCAGCACUUGCGGGAUAUCCUUAAGCUGGACCGGCCGGGCGGUUCAGUGAAUGAAAACCAGAGAGCAUCCAGUUCAUACAAUGGAGACCUAAAUGGUUUGCUGGUUCCAGAUCCCAUAGCCUCUGGAGACGGUGUUUCCUUGGCCAAGCCAGUCCCUCAGACAGUUCCCCUGGGAGCAUUACAAGAGAAGCAAGUCAUUUGCCUCUCUGGAGAUGACAGCUCCACCUGUAUGGUGAUAACUGCUAAAGACGUUGAGAUAGUAGCCAGCAGCGACUCCAGCAUCACCAGUAAAGCCAGAGGAAGCAACAAGGUGAAAAUCCAGCCCGUGGCCAGGUAUGACUGGGAGCAGAAGUAUUACUAUGGUAACCUGAUAGCUGUGUCAAAUGCCUACUUGGCAUAUGCCAUUAGAGGUGCCAACAAUGGCUCUGCCAUGGUGAGGGUCCUGAGCGUCAGCACCGCCGAGCGGAACCUGCUGAAAGGCUUUACUGGUGGUGUGGCUGACCUGGCGUUUGCUCACCUCAACUCCAACCAACUAGCCUGCUUGGAUGAAUCGGGCAACCUCUUUGUCUGGCGUCUGGCCAUGGAGAAUGGAAAAAUCCAAGAAGAGAUCUUGGUGAAUAUCAAGCGACCUGAAGGAACUCCUCUGAACAGCUUCCGAAGGAUCAUAUGGUGUCCCUUUAUUCCUGAUGAGAAUGAUGACAACUGUGAGGAAGGCAGUCAGACUCUGGCACUGUUGCACGAGGACAGGGCAGAAGUCUGGGACCUAGAUAUAAUCCAAGCUAAACACAGCUCCUGGCCAGUAGAAGUGACCAACAUCAAGGAGGGCUUCAUUGUGGUGAAAGGUCACACCACGCGCCUGAGCGAGGGAGCCCUUUCUCCUGACGGAAGUGUCUUGGCCACAGCAAGCCAUGAUGGCUAUGUCAAAUUCUGGCAGAUUUACAUCGAAGGGCAGGACGAGCCAAGGUGCCUCCACGAAUGGAAGCCCCAUGAUGGCCGACCUCUUUCCUGUUUGCUUUUCUGCGACAACCAUAAAAAGCAAGAUCCAGAAGUUCCCUUUUGGAGGUUUCUCAUCACAGGAGCAGAUCAGAAUCGAGAGCUGAAAAUGUGGUGCACGGUCUCAUGGACUUGUCUGCAGACUGUCCGAUUUUCACCAGAUAUAUUCAGCUCCAUGAGUGUCCUUCCUAGUCUAAAAGCUGGCCUGGAUCUCUCAGCUGAGUACUUGAUUUUGAGUGACGUGCAGAGAAAGGUCUUGUAUGUGAUGGAACUCGUGCAGAACCAAGAGGAGGGCAAAGCCUAUUUCAGCUCCAUCUCCGAAUUCCUGUUGACCCACCCAGUCCUGAGUUUUGGCAUCCAGGUAGUCAGCCGCUGCCGGCUGAGACACACAGAGGUCCUGCCAGCAGAGGAGGAGAGUGACAGCUUGACUGCAGAAGGCACUCAGGGCACUGGAGCUGUGGAAUCAGCUGCAGGGGUGCUGAUCAAACUCUUCUGUGUCCACACCAAGGCUCUUCAGGAUGUCCAGAUCAGGUUCCAGCCUCUCCAUAGUCCAGACACAGCUGCUCCUAUACCUCCCCAUGCCUCCCAUGAAGAUUUUGCAUUCCCAGACCACAUGACUGACCUGGGCACAGAAGGGCUGGGAUCAGAGAAGGGAUCUGUGCAUGGCUCACAGCCUGACCUACGCCGCGUUUCAGAGCUGUCCAUGCCUGUGGACUUCCUUUCUCCAUCCAAUGACACAAAACCCAAGCUCAUGACCCCAGAUGCAUUCAUGACUCCCAGCACAUCUCUGCAACAGAUCACAGUGUCACCUGGAAGCAGCAUUAGCUCCCUCACGGCUGUCACCACCAUGAGCAGUUCCUCGGUCAGUGAGCCCCUUAUUCCCAGACCAGCUGAAGAAGCAUCGCUGAGCCCAAAGAUGCAGCUGGAUGCCAGCCUUGCCCUGAGCAGCAGCACCGGAAGCCUGCAGGCGAGCCCUCGAAGUCACUCAGUUCUCCUUCCUGGCCUUCCAGACAAACUGACCCCAAAGGCCCCUGUUCCGGUUUCUCCAGGGAACCCACCGCUUGCACUGGACCGGCCGGAAGUCGAGCCUCUGGUGGUGCCCCAGUCCUCCCCAACACGCGAGCGCUCCCCCGACGUCAUUUCCUCGGCCUCAACUGCCAUAUCCCAGGACAUCCCGGAGAUUGCCUCGGAGACCCUGCAGCGCAGCUUUGGGGUGGUCUCCUCCGGACUCUCUGCAGAGGCGCUGGACCCCAACCCCCACGCAGACAGCAUGGCUUCAGCUGCCUCAGCCUUGCACUUGCUGUCUCCACGGAACCGCCACGGCUCGGAGCACAGCCACCACUCCCUGGACAUGGCUCCCAGCGAGGUGGACAUGCUGACCACGCCGUCCCUGCUGGAGACAGCCCUGCCUCAGGAAAACGCUACUUCGGACGUGGGCGUGGGGCAGCCCUGGCCCGCUGCCCCCGACAUCACUCGAGAAACCAGGAACAGCAUGGCAGACAGCCCUAGGAAUGACACUGAAGAGAAACACAAAAGCUCAUAUCACAGGCACAGCUACCACCUUCUGCAGCAUGACAGCCAGGAUGCCAGUGCUGAGCAAAGUGACCAUGAUGAUGAAGUGGCAAGCUUGGCUUCUGCAUCUGGUGGAUUUAGCACCAAAGCAGCUGCCCAGCGGCUUCCUGUGAAGGACUGGAAAACUAAGGGGUCCCCACGAGGCUCCCCAAAGCCAAAGAGGAAGGGGAAGAAAGAUGAUGGUUCCAGGGAUGUGACCCAGUCUCCAAGAUCUUUUGAUCAGCAGGUUGCUCCUGAGUACCAGGAUGAGCUGAUGUCUCUGCUGAGGAGCCAGCAGAGGGAGAUUGCUGAACUGAGGCAGAGCCAGAUGGAUCUAAUGCAACGGAUCACCGACCACCUGGAUGCCGUGCAGAGCUCCCUCAUGGGUCACAUAGAGCGGGUGAUGGAUUCCCAGCAAGAGCAGGAGCAGCGGAGGCUGGACCAGGCCCUGGCAGAGGGACAGCAGCGCAGUGGCCAGCUGCAAGAGCACCUCUCCCAGCAGCUUUCCCAGUCGCUCUCCACGGCUGCCUGCAAUCGGCUGGAAAGGACCGUCCGGGAGGAAAUGAAAAAGACAGUGCCCCCAUGCAUUUCCAAGACCUUGGAUCCCAUCACUGGGCAACUGAGUAACACUAUUGCAACCAAGCUUACAUCCAUCGAGGGGACGCUGAAAGAAAACGUCACCAAGCUGGUGAAAUCUAAGAACCUUACUGAUGCCAUCGCCAGGGCAGCCACGGAUGCAUUGCAGGGGCCCAUGCAGUCGUCCUACAGGGAGGCAUUUCAGAGUGUGGUGCUGCCUGCCUUUGAGAAGAGCUGUCAGUCCAUGUUCCAGCAGAUUAACGACACCUUCAAGCAAGGCACGCAAGAAUAUAUUCAGCAGCUGGAGACGCAUCUGAAGAACAAGAAGGCGCGAGAGCAGGACGCACGAGACGCUGUGGUGGCCCAGCUCCGGCAGCUGGUCAGCUCCUUCCAGAGCACCACUGACCAGAUGGCCUCCACCAUCGCGGCCAGUGUGCACUCGGAGGUGCAGCAUCAGCUUCACGUCAUUGUGGGCAACAUGCAGGAGUCCAUCCUGGCCCAGGUGCAACGAGUGAUCAAGGGGGAGGUGAGCAUGGCCAUGAAGGAGCAGCAGGCCGCCGUCACCUCCAGCAUCAUGCAGGCGAUGCGUUCUGCUGCGGGCACACCCAUCCCUGCCACACACCUGGACUUCCAGUCCCAGCAGGCACACGUGCUGCAGCUGUUGCAGCAGGGACACCUGAAUCAAGCCUUCCAGCAGGCCCUCACAGCAGCCGAUUUGAACUUGGUCCUCUAUGUCUGUGAGACAGUUGAUCCUCAGCAAGUGUUUGGACAACACCCAUGCCCCCUCUCCCAGCCUGUCCUCCUGUCCCUCAUUCAGCAGCUCUCUUCAGACUUGGGAGCCCGGACAGAGCUCAAAUUGAGCUACCUGGAGGAGGCCGUGAUGCACUUGGACCACAGUGACCCCAUCACCCGGGACCACAUGGGCUCCGUGAUGAACCAGGUGCGGCAGAAGCUCUUCCAGUUCUUGCAGGCCGAGCCUCACAACAGCCUGAGCAAGCCUGCGCGGCGCCUCAUGAUCAUGCUCCAAGGCCUGGCCACUCCAAGCAUGACCUAGCGAGGUGUGGCCGCUCCCACACAGUGGCACCCACCCUCGCUCACCGAAUGUGGCUGCUUCCCCCCCCCCCACCCCUUUUCUAAAGCCUUGGCUGGGGGGAAGAAAAUGCAUUGAAACAGCACGUGUGUGGAAUGGAUAGAGGGGGUCGUCUGAGCUGAGCUGCGUUAGUCCCAUAGAAUCUAAAAUAUGCUUACUUUCUCUGCAGGCAGGCCCCCUGCCCCCUUUCCGCUCAGCCUCUGCCUCACUUUGUACGAGCUAAUCCCGUCUUUCUCCCAUUUUAUAGCCUGGAGCCCUCCUCCCCAAGCAUUUGGAGGUCAGGAAGGAGGCGCUCUACAAACCCACCCUACCAUAUCAUGGGGAAGGGCGUUGCUAUGCCCAGCUAAAUAAAAGAAAAUGAAUAAGUCAGAGAUACCUGUCCAAAGAUGAAGGCAGGUCGUAGAAUCGCAGCAGCCAUGGUGGGGUGUAGCCUCCAGCUGCCCCACUCGUCGAUGGGGGGACAACAAGCUCAUGAAGCCCACCCAUCCCAGGAAACAACAUUGCUGCUUUGUAUGGUGGAGCAUGUCCAUGAAUCAGAGAAUUCCUUUGGGGGGCGGGGGUGGUGUUUGUUUAUGUUCUGCUUUUACAACACUUUUUUCCUUUCCUUUUUAUCUAGGAUAUUAAACUUUCUUUUUUGAAUAACAUUUAAAAAGGUUCAAUAAAUGACUUUUUGGAGGAAAAACA